AAAUACAAAAAUAGAAAAUGAUCCGUCCGGUGGUCCUCCUUUCUGCAAUAUGUUUCCUUUCCGCCUCCCUGGGAUCGGAAGAGUCGUGCUACCUAACUGAAGAGCAGGAGGACGAAUGUGCUUCUGUUUGUUACCCAAUUGUUAAGCCACUGUUAAGAUACUUUGAAAAAUGUCAGAAAAAGGAUUUGCAGACCACACAGCUCCAAAACGAUUACUCAGACCUAAAGGAUAGAUAUUCGGACUUGCAAAACAAGUACGAGAAAUUGCAAUCUAAGAGUCUGGAAGUAGACUAUCUUAAAGCUAUAAUUGAUCAAAAAAAUUUACAAAUUCAUCUUCUAAACGAAAAAAUUAGUGACCUAAAAGAAAAAAGUGAGCUUGGAAUUUUAACUGAUCAAUUCCGUGAAGAUAUAGCCAAAUUGGGAGAAAUAGUAAAAAAUGGAGAAAUUUCAAAAACUCAAGAUACGAUUAAUAAUAAUCAGGCGACCUCGAAGACACAAAAUAAAAAGCUAGAAGGACAUACUUUGAAUAAUAAUAUAACAGAAAAAGUGGAAGUAAAAACUGGAGAAAUUUUCACAAAUCACCUGGAUAGUACUCGUAAUCAGAUGGAGUCAAAAACACAAACCAUAGAUCGUUGUCCACAAUUUCAAAAUAAACGCAAAAUUCUCCAAGAAAUACACAUCCCAGGCUUAGAUCCGUUCAAAGUGGCUUGUCACUCAAACAAGGACAUUGGAUCUGGGUGGAUUGUGGUUUAUCAGAAAUAUUUUUAUUCAAGUAUGUUUAAUCGCAAGUAUGAGGAGUAUGCUAAAGGAUUUGGAGAUCGAGAGAAUUUAAUCAAAAAUUUCUUUAUCGGCCUGGAAAAAUUGCACCAUCUGAUGAAUGGAAGGCCUCCAAAACGAAAAAUGAGUUGA